GCGACGCACGCACUCCUCUUGACGAGAGCGCGCGUUGUUCUGAGUGCGCGCUGGCACCUCCUCGCGCACGUCCACUCGACUCACCGACCCACCUCCAUCAGCAUGUUCGGCAACCUCGGGCUCGCGGCAGCGACGGCGGCGGCGAUGGCCGUCCUCUGCCUCCUCCAGCCAUCCCUGGCCAAACUGCCGCCGGGCGUUACCGUCUGUCCGCGCUCUGACUCGCCCAUCCAGUACAACAAAUGCAUCCUCCAGCAACUCCAGGCCAUCACGCCCUUCCUGGCCAAAGGUAUACCGGCCAUACGACUGCCGGCCCUCGAUCCCCUACAGCUUCCCUCUCUCACCGUCGAUCGUAACCUCGAGGCCCUCAAAAUCAAAGCCAACAUGAGCAACAUUCAAGUUUUCGGGGGUUCUAACUACCUCGUCGACGACCUCAACGCCGACCCCAACGACCUCACCGUCUACAUCAAAGUCCAGAUCCCCUACGUGCACGUCAGGGGAAACUACGACGUCCAAGGCCGACUACUUUUACUCCCGCUCAGCGGCGUCGGCAAUUUUAAGGGAAACUUCACGAAUACGGAGGUCCGAGUGAACGCCCGAGGGAAAGAAGUCGCCGAUAAUAAUGGCGUGAAGCGUAUCGAAAUCGAUAAGCUCCAGACGAAAAUUCGCGUCGGCGAUGGGAAUAUAAAACUGAAAGCGCCUCGCAGUCAUACAUUGACGGCCGAGGCAGCAGCCACUUUCUUCAACGCGAAUCCUAGGCUCGUUCUGGACAUUGCAAGUCCCAUUAUCGAAGACACAGCUACGACAAUUAGCAAAGCGCUCACAGCGAGAGCUCUAAGUGCUUUCACCAAAGACGAAUUAGUACCGAAGUAGUUCAGCCACGUUUCAGUUUUCUUUUGUUACCAUCUCUCUUUCUUAUUCAACUGUUAUUAUUAUUUUUCUUUUCUUUC